CGCCCGUCAUCGGUGCGCGCGCCGUAGCAUGACAGAGGCACUAGCCUGCAGGCCACGCUCGGUUUUUUGGGCAAGUGCCCAGUGCUCCGUGCGUUUGAAGCAUUGAUAUUGUGUGUGUGACAACUCUGAGGUCCUCAUUGCGCAGAGGCAGUAUUCGCAAGCGCACGAAGCUGGGGUGUACGCCCGCCUCAAAUUUGUAACCCAGAGCACUGUGCCGGAGCACGCAGCAUAAAAGCGGCAGGAAGAUGGGCCCGCACCGAUAACGCUCGACUCAUACGAACCGCAGCACCGCGCUGCGCCAGACGCCAAGAAACCAUGGCCUCGACGCCGCGCAACGGCAUCGCCGACCUAAGUCUCGAGGACGACGAUAGCAUCAAAAAGAUGUCCGAGGUCGCGAAGUUCGCGCGGCAGAACAACAUCCCCGGCUACCGCCCGAACGGCCACCAUCCCGUCCCGAAGCCCCAGAAGCAGCGGAGCGAGAAUUCCAUCCGCGAAACGCCGAUGUCGGCUUUAAGGAGACGUCUCUCGGGCUGGUUCGGGCUUUCGACGUCGAAGCCGCCUAGGCGAGCGAACUCGCUCCCGGGCAAGAUCUCGAGGGACGACAGUGAACACGCUCUUUCGGAACUGAAGCAGUCGCUCAGUCAGUCGCCGCGCUGGCAACGUCGGAGAAAAAGCGUGCCGAAGCCGCCUCCCAAACCUAGGAUGCCGCCGCCUCCCCCCAGAACGGCUCCUUGUUCGGACUGGCGCGAGUUGCAGUCCGCGCGCGGCAUCGCUCAAGCUCUACGAGCGGGUAGGAGGCAGCUCGUCGUCUUUUUAGAUUAUGAUGGAACUUUAACACCGAUCGUGUCGGAUCCCGACGCCGCUACUUUGUCUGAUCAUAUGCGAGACGCGGUCGGGAAAUUAAGUGAUAGAGCGACGGUCGCGAUCGUGUCCGGACGCGCUAGGGAAAAACUCCGGAACUUCGUGCAGCUGCCCGAGCUGUACUACGCGGGGUCGCACGGCUUUGACAUCGACGGGCCGGGCGGUCUUCAUGCGGCGUCCUCUUUUUUAUGCCGUCGUGCGCCAUCGACGAAGCGUCCGAUUUUAUUCCGGCGCUGGCGUCGAGGGCGUCGCGGCGAUGGCGUCGCGGCGUCGCGUCGAUGGCGUGCGUUCACCUCGUCGGCGCGCCACCGCUACGCCGGCGCCGCAGAGUCACGUCGACGGCGUGCGUCAACCGCGACGCCGCCGCCGCGGCCGCGAGAGAGUCCCCACCGGUACGCCGUCGCCGCGAGAGCCCGCCGCGACCGACCGCCCGCAGGCCUCCGCCACUCCGUGAGCAGCGAGAUGGUUCCUGUAUUGAGAGCAGCGAGAGAUUUACUUAUAGAGAGACUACAAGUCAUCGAGGGCUCGAGCGUCGAGGACAACCGCUUCUCCGUGAGCGUGCACUGGCGCAACGUCGCACCGACAGACAGGCCCGCCGUCGAGGCCAUCGUCGACUCGACACUACGCGAAGCGCCCUUCGCCGGUGUUUUAAGAAAGAAUUCCGGCAAGUGCGUCUACGAACUGAGACCUGACGUAAAAUGGGACAAGGGCGAAGCGGUUCUCUAUUUACUGGAGCUACUGCGACGCAGAGAAACGGACUUUGAUGAAUAUGGCGACGACGACGGCGUGCCAGAGGAGCGAAUAGCGGGUUUUACGGAGGACGAGUGGUACGGGGGUGUCCUGCCCGUGUAUGUGGGCGACGACGUCACCGAUGAAGAUGCUUUCAAAGCGAUCGCGCCCUUCGGCGCCGUUUCCGUGCUCGUGUGUCCGUCGGGCGAUAAGGUCGAGCGGCCGCGGGCGACGCACGCGACGCACACGCUGAAAGAUGUGGACGACGUCCGGGCGUUCGUCGACGAGCUGGCGUCGGCGUGCGCGGCGCGGCCGUCGGUGCGGGGGAGGUAAUUAUGUGGGGCUUCUU